UGGUUUAUACCAUCCAUUAGCAAUGAAUGUUAACCGAUGAACAUAGUAACAUCAGUUAUUAACAGAGCUGUAUUUCUUGGGGGAGAAGCUGGUAUUUUUAUUUUUAAAUAAGUGAAGACUUUGACAGUCGAUUUCUACACUCUCCCCUAACCCGACCUGCCCCUAGCGGGACAAUGAUCCCCACCCUCACUCCUACACCCAUCCCCACCCAUACCCCUGCCCCCACUCAUAUCAUCACCCCUACCUCCACCCCAAUUGCAGCAACAACGAGUUCAGAAGAGGCCUACUUUGCAUCUACUAGGAAAGAGUCGAUAAGUAGCAGCUAUCGCAUUGAGCCUGUCGACAACACGUUCUACCCCCCGACACAGCUUAUUCAUGCCAUUAAGAAUAUCAUCCGGAGCAAAAAUAUUUCUCCAAGCUCCUUGAGCAUGAAGCACACACCCGAUGUGACUUUGAGCGGAAAGGCAGUGAUUACCUACGAGGCAUGUUUGAUAACAUUCAAUAUUCGUAGAGGAUAUUUUCGCCCUACUGCUCAGGGCAUGAGAUUCUUCGUAGUACCGAAAGAAGAUAGAGUAGAACAAGUAGAACAGAGAUCGAAAAGUAGAGGCAUAAGGCUCUCCAAGUACACUGAUGGUCACUCUCAUAUACAAAAUGCAAGCUGUGGAUAACUGACAUUGGGAGGAUAUCCCUCAAUUGUCGAUGUACAUGAGCUCACUUAUAGGAGGUAGUCCGACUAGUCGUGGAUCGAUGACAGAUCCAUUGCGACCCAGUAAAUUCUCGGUCUAAAAUAAUUUGAUGUUUAUGUAUGUUAGCUCUAAUUGUAUGUAACUACAUUUUUGCAAGAGAGAUUGGGUGGUGUUACGAUCUAAGAUCCCAGGAGUUGGGUGGUGUUACGAUCUAAGAUCAUGAUCUAUCCGAGUACAACCUGUGGAGGGCGGCUGUUGGAGGGAAGAAGAAAUGUCAAUUCUACGGGCUUAGGACAUAGGCAUGUGCCUACUACGCUCACACCUCGACCAACGCAUCUGUAGCUUAUGUUUCUAUCUUACAGAAGGAGGAGGUCUCAAGGCAUGUUGCCUCAUUUGCUACUGAGAUGGAGGCUUUCUUCGCUCAAAUGAGGUUGGAGAUGAAAGCAAACAUGGAGACCAAGUUGAAGCUUGCAUUAUAUGUGUUCCAGCAGUGGGCGAAGUAGUGUAGUAAGGAAUCAUUGAAGGAGGAGGAGGAGGCGGCGGCAGAUGAUGAUGAUGAGGAGACAGAGGAGGAAAAUUAG